AUGGACUCGAUAAUCAAUUCUCCGCGCCUAAAGCUCACGCUCAUCACGAAGGCAGAACGUGGCAGUGAAGAAUUCAAAUGGAUUCAUGAAGUCCGAAGCAAUGUGCAGAGUACAUGGUGGAGUCUAUACGGUCCUUCAAAAUCUCCUGCAGACACCGAGCAAGCUUUGCAGAACAUGAUUGCGAGACCUCAUGUUGAAGGCGGUGAGAAAGUGCAUCGCUAUCCAUAUGCAGUACACCAAUUGCUCGAGGAAUCAACCACGCGCUUCAUUGGCUUGAUCACGCUGCGCACACUUUCCUCUGAAGAGUGCAAGUUUCCUCCGCGUAACGACCAUGAAUCUACUGCUACUACUCUAUCAUUGGAACUUGCUUACAUGUUCCUGCCCACAUCCUGGGGCCAAGGCUUCGCUACGGAGUCAAUUACCGCCGUCUUGAAGAGUAUUGAAUCUACUCCGACUAUUCUCUGGGCACCUCAUAAGAAGCUCAUCGUUCGGGCUAUUGUGAACGACGAAAACGUGCCAUCGCGAAGAGUCAUGGAAAAGUGCGGCAUGGGCGUGCCAGAGGUGUUAGAGUUCGAAGGGGGUAGAUUCUUGAUCGCAGGGAAGUGGAGGACGAAGCAUCGACUGUUCGUAUUUGCGAAGGAACUUGUCGUUUGA